AUCCACUGUGUACAGAUGUAUGUAUGUAUGGCGCUAUUGUUUGUGGAUAUGUAUGGGGACUGAAUAUAAGGCUUCUAUGUGUACAGGUAUGUACAUCUAUGGCAGUAGUCUGACACUGAGCAUGAAUCGUCACAUUGUGUGUCUGCAACAUAACAACAUGAACGGCAGAAAAGACCGAAAAAUGAGCCACCACGGAUAGGACUGGAAAUCACCACCCCACGAGGCAGAGCGUUAGCGUUAUUCCUGCUGAGCUACCGGGAGUGCAGCUCAGCAGGUUGAUACACCACUCUGUGUGUUGGGGCCU